AUGCUCCCCAUUUUUAUUAUUCUUUUCGGCUUGGUUAUGCCAGCAAUUUCUACCAAUAAUUAUUUUGAUCUUAACAAAUACGAUACACCCGACCUUGGAUUCCUAUACCGGCCUGAAAUAACUUAUAAAUGGGGCCACUUUACACCCUUUCAUUCCACCUCGUCGGAAUUUAACCCCUCCCCCUCUUUACCGGGUUGCACGGUCACGUUUGUACAAUCACUUAUGCGGCAUGGCGCUCGGUAUCCGAAAACUGGAAGUCCAUACCGAGAUAUAAUUCAACGAAUUCAAUCUUCUGUCGACAAAUAUAGCGCAAAAUAUGAGUUUAUUCGUAAUUACGAAUAUAACCUCCCCACUGAAGAUUUAAAUGAUCUUGGUCGUCACCAAUUGAUAAAUGCAGGAAUACAUUUUUACCGACGAUAUCAAAAUUUGGCGAAAGAUAAUGAACCUUUUAUCCGUUCUGAUGGAGCCGAACGAGUUGCUGAAAGCGCUGAAAAAUGGGCUGACGGCUUUCAUCAAACUUCUUUAACCGAUAAGACUCGAAUUCAACCGCAUCAGUUCCCCGUUUCAAUUUUUAAAUUUCCUGUCGGAAAGCAAUAUAACAACACUUUAAAUAAUCUCGCUUGCACCAAAUACGACAAAUCCAAAGCUCAAAAGAUUGCAAAAGAACUACCAAAAAGGAUUUUGACGGAAACCGCAAAACAGUUGAAUCAAAACUUACCAGGGGCAAAUUUAUCAGUUUACGAAAUUCUUCAACUUAUGGAACUAUGUGGUAUGGAAACAACGGCUAAUAUUGUAAAAACGGGUAUUUUAUCGCCCAUUUGCAAUAUUUUUGACAAUAAGGAUUGGGAGGCGUUUCAGCGUUUUCAUCAUGAAGUUAAAUGGUAUACCCACUUUUAUGGCAACCCUUUAGGGCCCUCAUUGGGAAUAGGAUGGGUAAAUGAACUUAUCGCGAGGUUAUUACGAAGACCUGUACAAGAUUCCACCAGCACCAACACCACAAUUACUGCUAAUCCGAAAACGUUUCCGUUGGAUAAGAAGCUUUACGCCGAUUUUACCCACGCCACAGAUUUCUUAGCAAUUCAAGCCGCGUUGGGAUUGCUCGGUUCUGCACACACCCCCGUCCCCGCAAACAGAAUUGUUAGCGACCAAAGGAUUGCUGAAUUUUCGGCUAGCGAAGUGUCGCCUUUCGCGGCCAGGAUGUACGUGGAAAAAAUGACUUGUUCGGGUCAUACGGAGGAACUGGUUAGGAUUUUAGUCAACAACCGGGUUGUGUGGUUGCCCAAUUGCGGUGUCGACGGGCAAGGGCGGUGCAAACUUGGCGCAUUCGUCGAAAGUUUAAGUUUUGCUAGGUCUGGCGGGUUUUGGAAUAAAUGUUUUUAA